CCCUCCUUUUUUUUUUUGCUUCAAACACAUCAACACAACUCCCAUUAUCCAAUUGAAGAACUGCCCCAAAUCAUUUCUUUAAGCCGUAUAUUUUCUGCUUUUUCAAGCUUCAACAAUGGUGGCCAUUUCCAAACCCCCACUCGAACAGCUCUUCGUCAAGCCCUGCAAACCAAACAACAACUCCCCAUGUAUUCCAACUAUUCCCCUGAUUGACCUCUCCAAAUCUGAAUCAAAACAGCUCCUCGUUAAAGCCUGUCAAGAUUUUGGAUUCUUCAAGGUUGUCAAUCAUGGCGUUCCAAUGAAAUUUAUCAGUAAACUUGAAUCAGAAGCCGUUAAGUUCUUCUCCUCUCCUCUUUCUCUCAAACAAAAAGCAGGCCCACCCAAUCCCUUCGGUUAUGGGAACAAACGUCUUGGCCAAAACGGUGAUUUUGGUUGGGUUGAAUAUCUUCUUCUCAACGCCAAACUCGAUUCCGAUCACAAAAAUCCAACUCUCUCCAUUUCUGAAGAACACCCAGAAAAAUUCCAAAGUCUUGUGAAUGAUUACGUGACAGAAGUGAAGAAGAUGGCUUGUGAUAUUCUUGAAUUACUAGCAGAUGAAUUAAAACUGCAGCAACGAAAUGAGCUUCAAGAACACGAACCGAAAGGAAGAAAACUGAUUGGAUUUGGAGAACACACAGACCCACAAAUCAUUUCGGUUUUGCGAUCCAACAACACUUCGGGUUUAGAAAUUUCAUUGAGAGAUGGGAGUUGGAUGUCUGUUCCUCCUGAUUCAAACUCCUUCUUCAUAAAUGUUGGAGAUUCGUUACAGGUAAUGACAAAUGGAAGAUUCAAGAGUGUGAAGCAUAGAGUGGUGGCAAAUAGCUUGAAAAGUAGGAUGUCAAUGAUUUAUUUUGGAGGACCACCUUUGAGUGAGAAGAUAGCACCAUUGCCUUCACUUAUGGAAAGAGAAGAGGCUAGCUUGUACAAAGAAUUCACUUGUACACAGAUGAACAAAAUCUGGACAAAAAAGUCCGGAUCUACAUCUUUAGAGUGUGGAAGUUACCGUUUUACCCUUGCUUAUGUUUAG